AUGGCUUGUGCAGCACCAACAGUUUCAUCCACAAAGGAGACAACGAACUAUGCUCGCUUGUGUCGUCUGCUAAUUGAUGUUGGUACCCAAGCCCUCCGCGACACAUUUGAUGCCAUUUAUUCUCCAGCCAAUCUUCACACAGUAUUGGCGGCCAACAAAACCAAGUUACAGUUACUGAAAACAAAAAAUAUUAUAAACGCAACGCAAUGGAGAAAGCUCUUUCCACCUACCCCUUCUUUAGUGUCACCGGCCCAUUUCGACAUCACACUUUUGAUGGUUCUGCUGCGAAACAUAUGUCGCCUACAUCCUCUUGCAACAAGCUGGGAUAAACCUCCUGCUGUUAAAGAUGUGACUCGUGAAGCUGAUAUCGCUCGUGUUAAAUAUUAUAGAAACACUGUGUACAGUCAUGCUGAGUGCGCUUCAGUAGAUGACACACAGUUCAAAUUAUACUGGGGUGACAUUCGGGAUACUCUAGUGAGACUCGGAGGUGCACAGUACGAAGCAGCCAUUGACAAUCUUGAAAGUGAGUGUAUGGAUCCUAAAGUUGAAGAUUUCUACAAAGAGCUUCUCAGCCAGGAGAAGAAAGAUGAAGAUAGCGUGAAAGAUAAACUGGAUGAAGUUAACAAAAAGCUGGAUUAUUUAAUG